GUCGCAGAAGCUCUAUCAUGCAAUCUGUUAUUCUAGCUUGUCUUGUUGUCGUAGCCGCGGCACAAAUCUUCCCCUUCAACUGGUGGAAUGGACAUGAAAGUGACCGACAUGCUGGUUACACAUUUGAAUAUCACAACAGACACCAUCUAUUAUUAGUCCGAGAUAGAAGACAUUGUUAUAUUGUUGAAGACACCACCAUGGAAGUUGCUGAAACAUACCAUAAUAAAGAGACUAGAGAAAGCGUCGAGGAUGAUAUUAUCAAGCACAUCAAAGAUAAUGAUGGUUUACACCGAGAACGACCCUGGGAGUCUGUUACCCAUCAUCACGAUCCCCUCGCAGCUGCUGAAUGUGUUGGUAAAGCUAUCUAUGAGUUAACUUAUAAACUUCCUGCUAAUCUCAUGGUUACAACCACUGCUUCUGCUUAAAUAAAAGCUACCAUACAUCCUUC